AUGCUGCUGCUGAUCGCGGGCACCUGCCUGGUGGCGUUCGUGCUGCUGCUCUACAUGCUGUCGCCGCUCAUCAGCCCCAAGCCGCUCGCCCUGCCCGGCGCGCAUGUGGUGGUCACAGGAGGCUCCAGUGGCAUUGGAAAGUGUAUUGCUAUCGAGUGCUACAAACAAGGCGCAUUCAUAACUCUGGUUGCACGAAAUGAGGAGAGGCUGCUGCAGGCAAAGAAAGAAAUUGAAAAGCACUCUAUUAAUGACAAACAGGUGGUGCUUUGUAUAUCAGUUGAUGUAUCCCAAGACUAUAGCCAAGUGGAGAAUGUCAUAAAACAAGCACAGGAGAAACUGGGCCCAGUGGACAUGCUUAUAAACUGCGCAGGAAUGGCAGUUUCAGGAAAAUUUGAAGAUGUUGAAGUUAGUACCUUUGAAAAGCUGAUGAGCAUUAACUACCUGGGCAGCGUGUACCCCAGCCGAGCUGUAAUCACCACCAUGAAGGAGCGCCGGGUGGGCAGGAUCGUCUUUUUGUCAUCCCAGGCGGGACAAGUGGGACUGUUCGGUUACACUGCCUACUCUCCAUCCAAGUUCGCCAUCAAGGGUUUGGCUGAAGCUCUGCAGAUGGAGGUGAAGCCAUACAAUGUCUAUGUCACCGUCGCCUACCCGCCUGACACAGACACACCUGGGUUUGCAGAAGAAAACAAAACAAAGCCUUUGGAAACCCGUCUUAUUUCAGAGACCACGUCUAUUUGCGCACCAGAGCAAGUAGCCAAACAGAUUGUUAAAGAUGCCAUACAAGGGAAUUUUAACAGUUCCGUUGGCUCAGAUGGGUACAUGCUCUCGUCCCUGACCUGCGGAAUGUCUCCAGUCACUUCAAUUACCGAAGGGCUCCAGCAGGUGGUCACCAUGGGCCUUUUCCGUAUGAUCUCUUUGUUUUACCUUGGAAGUUUUGACAACAUAAUUCGUCGCUGCAUGAUAGAAAGAACCAAAUAUGGAACUGCAGACAAAACUGCCUAA